CCUCAGCCGCUCCCCGCCCUCCCUCACCUCUCCCCUCAGCGGCGCGCUCGCGCGCGCGCACGAGUGACAUCACCCCUGUCCAAUCAGCCGCCGCCGCUCCCCGCUCGGCCGCGGCGGCCCCGCGCGCGGGCGGCUGUCAAGCGGGCAGCGGGCCGCGCCGUGCCCGUGCCAGGUGCGCGCCGCCGAGGCGGGACGCCGCGGGGUGACAGCCCGGCUGCGCGGCAGCGCUGCACAGAUACUGCCUCUGGAUCUGCAUUGAAACAGACUCCACCUCAUUAGAGUCUGCUUUCUGCCGCAGGAGAGGAUCUGUGAAGUUUAUUGGUGCAACCAUCCUUGUAUUUUUCAAAGAUACGAACUUGGAAUAGUUACUAUGAACAAAAGGACGAGAAGGAAUUCACCAUCUAAGGUAUUUUUAGCUCUCUGAAUGCUGGCGUUGCAAGGCACAAUUCCUUUUGAGAUAAUCACUGAACAGAAGAUAACCAUGUGGCUCUUCAUCUAUCAUCUUAUUACACCCUGUCUCGUCUCUGGCCUGGCAGAGGAAGGAAACAAAGGUUAUGGACCUGUUUUUGAGGAGCAACCCAUUGAUACCAUCUACCCAGAAGAAUCUUCAGAUGGACAAGUUUCAAUGAACUGCAGGGCUCGAGCAAUUCCUUUUCCUACUUACAGGUGGAAACUUAACAACUGGGAUAUCGAUUUAACAAAGGAUCGCUACAGUAUGGUGGGAGGCAGACUUGUUAUCAAUAAUCCAGAGAAAUCAAGGGACGCUGGAAAAUAUGUCUGUGUAGUGUCAAAUAUCUUUGGAACUGUCAGAAGCUAUGAAGCCACUCUGAGUUUUGGAUAUCUGGAUCCCUUUCCACCUGAGGAACGCUAUGAGGUUAAAGUGCGAGAAGGUGUUGGAGCAGUGCUUCUGUGUGAGCCCCCUUACCACUACCCAGAUGACCUCAGUUACCGCUGGCUUCUAAAUGAGUUCCCGGUAUUCAUUGCAUUGGACAAACGACGAUUUGUGUCACAGACAAAUGGCAAUCUCUACAUUGCAAAUGUGGAAGCAUCAGAUAAGGGCAAUUAUUCGUGUUUUGUGUCCAGCCCUUCAAUAACAAAGAGUGUAUUCAGUAAAUUUAUUCCCCUUAUUCCACAGUCCGAUCGUGCAAAAGUAUAUCCUGCUGAUAUCAAGGUGAAGUUCAAGGACACGUAUGCUCUCCUGGGGCAAAAUGUGACAUUGGAGUGUUUUGCUCUUGGGAAUCCGGUUCCUGAACUCAGAUGGAGUAAAUACCUUGAACCCAUGCCAGCCAGUGCUGAGAUAAGCAUGUCUGGUGCAGUUCUUAAGAUCUUCAAUAUUCAGUAUGAAGAUGAAGGACUUUAUGAGUGCGAAGCUGAAAACUAUAAAGGAAAAGAUAAACAUCAAGCAAGAAUUUAUGUACAAGCCGCUCCUGAGUGGGUAGAACAUAUCAAUGACACAGAGAAGGAUAUAGGCAGUGACCUAUACUGGCCUUGCGUAGCUACAGGCAAGCCUAUGCCAACAAUUAGAUGGUUGAAGAAUGGUGCCUCGUUCCGGAAAGGUGAACUAAGAAUGCAAAGUCUGACCUUUGACGAUGCCGGCAUGUACCAAUGUAUAGCAGAAAACACGCAUGGAAUUAUUUAUGCAAAUGCUGAACUGAAGAUUGUGGCUUCACCUCCCACUUUUGAGCUGAACCCUAUGAAGAAGAAAAUCCUUGCAGCUAAAGGGGGCCGUGUAAUCAUCGAAUGCAAGCCUAAAGCUGCUCCUAAGCCCAAAUUCUCCUGGAGCAAAGGAACAGAAUUGCUUGUAAAUGGGACCCGCAUACGUAUCUGGGAUGAUGGGAGCCUGGAAAUUGUCAAUAUCACAAAGCUGGAUGAAGGCCGCUACACCUGUUUUGCAGAAAACAACCGAGGAAAAGCUAAUAGCACUGGUGUUCUAGAAAUGACAGAAGCUACAAGGAUUACUUUAGCUCCGUUGAAUGUUGAUGUCACCGUUGGAGAGAAUGCUACCAUGCAAUGCAUUGCAUCCCAUGAUCCCACGUUAGACCUGACAUUUAUUUGGUCUCUAAAUGGCUUUGUAAUAGAUUUUGAAAAAGAGCAUGAACAUUAUGAAAGGAACGUUAUGAUUAAAUCCAACGGUGAGCUGCUCAUUAAAAACGUUCAGCUGCGGCACGCUGGGAGGUACACAUGCACCGCUCAGACAAUUGUUGACAACUCCUCGGCUUCGGCUGACCUUGUGGUAAGAGGUCCUCCAGGCCCUCCUGGAGGUAUAAGAGUAGAAGAAAUUAGAGACACUGCUGUGGCGCUUACCUGGAGUCGUGGAACAGACAAUCAUAGCCCUAUUUCUAAAUACACUAUCCAGUCAAAAACAUUUCUAUCUGAAGAGUGGAAAGAUGCCAAAACAGAUCCAUCAGAUAUUGAAGGAAAUAUGGAAUCUGCUACAGUGAUUGAUUUGAUUCCAUGGAUGGAAUAUGAGUUCCGGAUAAUAGCAACAAACACUUUGGGGACAGGAGAACCUAGUAUGCCAUCACAGAGAAUUAGAACUGAAGGCGCUCCUCCUAAUGUGGCUCCUUCUGAUGUCGGAGGAGGUGGUGGAAGCAAUCGAGAGCUGACAAUAACAUGGAUGCCUUUGUCAAGAGAAUACCACUAUGGCAAUAACUUUGGUUAUAUAGUGGCUUUCAAGCCAUUUGGUGAGAAAGAAUGGAGAAGAGUUACAGUUACUAAUCCUGAAAUUGGCCGCUAUGUCCACAAGGAUGAAUCAAUGCCACCUUCAACCCAGUACCAAGUAAAAGUGAAAGCUUUUAACAACAAAGGGGAUGGACCAUUCAGCCUCACUGCUGUCAUUUAUUCAGCACAAGAUGCUCCAACUGAAAUACCUACAGAUGUGAGCAUAAAAGUUUUGUCAUCUUCUGAAAUGUCUGUUUCUUGGCACCAUGUUUCCGAUAAAUCUGUGGAAGGAUAUCAGAUUCGUUACUGGGCUGCUCAUGAUAAAGAAGCAGCUGCACAACGGGUACAAGUGAGCAAUCAAGAAUAUUCAACCAAACUGGAAAACCUGAAGCCUAACACUCGCUACCAUGUAGAUGUUUCUGCCUUCAAUAGUGCAGGCUAUGGACCUCCUAGUAGAACCAUUGAUGUUAUUACCAGGAAAGCACCUCCAAGCCAACGUCCAAGAAUUAUCAGUUCUGUAAGAUCUGGUUCAAGGUACAUCAUCACCUGGGAUCAUGUGGAGGCAAAGUCAAAUGAAUCUGCAGUUGAAGGAUACAAAGUGCUGUAUAGACCAGAUGGACAACAUGAAGGCGAGUUGUUUUCAACUGGAAAGCACACAAUAGAGGUCCCAGUCCCUAGUGAUGGUGAAUAUGUUGUUGAGGUCCGAGCACACAGUGAAGGAGGAGAUGGAGAAGUAGCUCAGAUAAAAAUUUCAGGUGCCGCUGCUGGAGUUCCAACCCUGCUCCUGGUCCUGGUGGUGCCUGCCCUGGGUGUCCUCGUCUGCUCGGGAUUCUGAAUGUAGCUGGAUUUACCUUGUCCUCUGCCUAACACAAAGGACUCCCUUUGAAGAUGAGGACCACCACUCUUUUUGAUUCUGUGGCACCAUUCUAAGCCAAAUAAAUUACACUUUAAAAUAAAUUACCCUACUGAUUUCGUAUGAACUUUACGAGGACUGAGGCAUCCAGGAACUCCUCUAUGAAGUAAAUCAACUUUUGAAAGGCUAAGAAAUAUUUUUAACUUGUUCCAAUAUGCCUUAUAAAACACUUACACUGAUCUGUGACAGUUGCAUGAUUCGGUCCAAUGGGGCAAGUUACAGUGUUAAAACUCAAUAACAUAGGCUGUACAGUGAAAGUAAAAUCACCAUACGUAGGUGCUUUAACUUGAAUAACAAAUUGUGAAAUAUAAUAGAGAUUGAAAUGUUGAUUGUAUGUGAUAAAUGUAAGAGUACUACGUCUGUCUGUACUAUCCUAUAUGUUUUGUGUACCGCAUCUUUUUGAAUGGCCCCAUCAUCAUUUAUUCAGAUUGCUGUUUUUUAGAGAGACAGUCAAAGCAAAAACAUUUCAUUUUUUUAGAGCUAUAUUUCUUGAGGCUAUUGGAUAGAAUUUGAAGGACUUGAAAUAAAAGAAGUCAGUGACAAGGAACUUUUUAUUUUGAAGAUGUUCAGAACAACCAAGACAUGCACAGUAUGCUCAGCUUAAAGGAAUUUACCUGUACUUCACUGACAUGAGAUUUACCAUAUUGUUUUCUUAAAACUAUUCUGUUGAAAAAUUCCAUUAUGGUCAUUGUUGUUGAUUUUAGGAGUGAAAUGUUGGUUUGCGGGGAAGCAGUGGUUUCACUUCAGUAUUAUUACUACUAUUAUUAUUAUUAUUAUUAUUAUUAUUAUUAUUAUUAAGUAGCAAUAUAACACUUAGGAGUUUGGAAAUGGAGUCCAUGUUAAGAUCAGCCAAGUGGACCAUGAAAUGGUAGGAAACAUGUUAUUUUUUAAAAUGAAAAGAUUUAAAAUGUAAAAAAAGAAAAAGAUGUACAAUAAAUGGCAAAAAAAAAAAGAGUAGCACAGUAAAAAAAAUAUUAUAUUUACAUUUUAUGCUGCAGAUGCCUGGUGUUACCUUCCUGUAGUGGAGGUGUACAUUUGGAAGAAUUAUAUGGUUUUACAAGAACUUGAUAUUAUUCUAAUGUUCAUAGUGUUGUAAAUAAGAGUUUUAAAGUUCUGAGACCGUCUCCCUAUUUGAUAGAGUACUAAAUGAUCCAGCCGUGUGUUAAUACAUGAAAGUCAGAUACCAACUGUUAGUCAAAUCUAAAUGUUUACUAUGGCCUUUGCAAAAUGGGAAGUCUAUUAGAGAUAGAGAAUGUUUUUGUUCUGACUGUGUCUAGAGUGCUUCAGUGUUGGGUUUUCUGUUGGUUUGUUUGGGGUUUUUUUAAGUUGUUAAAGAAAUGCUCAUUUAUUUCAUUUUCCAUGUUGUGCUGGGAAUUAGUUUGAGUGUGAAUGUUGAAGAAACAGUGAUAUUGAAUCAGCUGUCUCAAGUAAUAGUGCAAUGUCUGAUGCUUCAAGAAUUAUAAGCUUUGAAUCAUAUUUUAUUAGCACAACCUUGCUAGCUACUUAGAAAUAGAUUUUAUCUUUUUAGAACUGAUAACUGUAGAGGUCCGUAAUAAUAAUAUUUACAUGAAGAAAACAUAGGUCUAUUAAUAAUUUACACCCUCUCUUUUAUUUGUAUAAUUUUGUACUAUAUAUUUACAUGUAAAAGUGUAGAGUCUUCAUUAAGAAAUAUCAGUGUUUUGGUUUAAUUUUAACUAUUUGUUACAAGAUGAAAUUUUUUUAAAUAGGUGAAAGUGAUAACUUCCCUAUAGAGGAAUGUCAAAGUGUCAAACACUACUGAGUUUCAUAAAUUGUGUAAUUAUUUGAAAGAGAAAUGAGAUGUCUUGAUGCGUAAGAAACUAGUACACUGUAAGCCUUCUGUACAAAAAAAAAAAACAAAGGUGUUUUAUUGUGUUUCAUUUGGUUUGGUUCUUUUGCAGUAUGACUCAUUUUUAUAUAAUCUACAACCACAACUAAAUCUUUUGCCAAAUGCAUGAUUGCCUUUUACUUUUCUAAUACAUGGUGUAAAACGCAAAACUGUUUAGUUUUUUGCAUGGAAAUGACAUGGAAAGGAAAGCCACUUCUUUUUUUAAAUCAGCAACACAGAUGAGGUAGGUCUCACCCAUCAGAUAGUUGCAGAUUUUUCUGUUUCACAUAAUUAUGUAAAUUUGACUGGGACCUUCAGUUUCAAAUUGUUGUCAAGAAAAACUAACUAAUGUAUAAUCUGCUUUAAAACGCAAGGUUCUUAAUUAAAGUUUAUAUAGAUAGACAUAUUUGUUGUUUCUUUAUAUUUCAGGAAACUUGAUAUUACUAUUAUUUGAUACUGAUGAAUAUUGAACUGGUUUUUUAGUUACUUUUUACCUUUUUUUUUUUUUCAAAUGAGUAGAGCAGGACCGUGCUUUGUCCUUUUUAUGAAUGAAAAGUAAAUUACAAUUAAAUAAAUGUAUUAAUGUUACUCAAAAUAUAAUAACUGUCUUUUGAGUUGGAGCUAUCUGAUUUCGUAACAGUGAUGUGGUCAUCUGUGACAGUAAAGAUAUGGUUGGAAUGAG